GCUUCCAAGGGAAAACCUGACCGAUGAGGCCUCCAUGGGGCAGGAGGUGGGGGAAGAGGGAGCCGAACACAGGGCCCACGUUUUAUUCCAACAACAAAGCACAAAGGGGUUAGUUAAACAAAACUAAGGUACAACUAGUUCCCAUCACACAACAUAGUUCUCAUUGUUCACUAAUUUUUCGCUGGUCUCUGUAUGAAGACACUUCCUCUGCUUCUUCCAGCUUGCCAGCAGUUACUGGCCUAGCACUGAGCACACAGCAGUUGCCCCAGGGCCAGUGACUGAACUACUCUGGAAGUUUAAAGCACGAAUUACCUGUCAACGCUCUUUCCUGGGAAUACACACUACAUGUAAACCAAAACCCCACUCAAAACACCUAACACCUAUGAGGAUUUGUAAAAUCUAAGAAAAAAUUUAUCACAUAAACAUUCAGAAAUGUGCUCUAGGCUAAAAUCUCAACUUUCGAUGGUGAAACUGGGUUACAAACAGUCUUUACACAAUUUCAAAAAGUUCCCAAUUGUGGUUCUUUAGUAAGAGUUCCUCUCUUUAGUUCUUCCUUUCUAAAGAGACAGAAAAAAAAAAGCCAACUCUCUUCAAACACACACUCCCCACCACCACACGCUCACACACAACGAAAUGGAGACUGUGAAGAGAGGCAAGACCGUCCUCGGCCUGGAAAUCAAUCUGAUUCUCUUUUAUGUUGGUGCUGCUUGUGAAUGUAUAGUCUCGGUCUCUCAACCACAGUAUCUCGAAGUGGACCACACCCAAGAAGCCAUAACCAUUCAGUGUUCCUACUCCCAUGUGGGGUGCCCCGUAGAGCAACCAAGAAGCCUGUGGUUUCGCUAUGGAGCUCACCAGCCGGAGAACCUCUGCUUGGAUGGAUGCACCCGCGAUGCGGGCAAGUUCACAGUGAAGGAAGCCCUGACACAAAAUCAGGUUUCCCUUACUGUGAACAGGGUGACUCUCAACGACAGUGCCAUCUACAUCUGUGGAAUUGUCCUUCCCCUUUCAAAGGAACCAGGAGCCAAGCGGACCGGAGAAGGGACCAUGCUGGUGGUGAGAGAAAUGAAGGGACUCCACAUUCUCCUGAUAGCUGUUCUAUCACUGCUCUCUAUCUACAUGACUGUUGUUCUCGGGAUCUUCGUGGUCCUCUCCAAAUCAAAAUCUAACUCUCUAAGAAACAAAGAAACAGAAGACUCACAAAAGAAGAGUGCUUGGCGUAUUUUUCAGGAAAUUGCUCAAGAACUAUAUAAUAAGAGACACGUGGAAACAAGACAACAAUCUAUAAGUGUAAAAUAUCACAAAGAUGUAAUGCAGAUAUAAAGCAUAUAUAUCUGUUUGGCUAAAAGAGCUAAGCUGCCAACGAGCUGUCAAUAAUCAUGUUUUCCUAUAGAGUAGGAGUCUGAAAGGGACUUUCACAUAUGAUGCAUGUUUAUAGAGAACAUGUUUUGAUAAAUACAUAACAAAGGACAUUUGCCACAGUAUUAAAUACAGACCAGGCUGGCAUCUUAGUAACAUGGAAUCUUUCAGAAACACAGUGGAUACAGGCAGUGUUUUCGAUUCAGACAAGGAUGCUUUUGUGGAUUCCGAGACCCUUUGUACGACAUCUUGCAUGCAGUAGUGGGCAAUAAGUUCCAAACAUUUGGAACUUGGGUCAAAUUAUACAGAAAACACUACUAGUAAGGCAGAAAUAAGUUCACAUUAGAAAAGAUGAGCUAGCGGCGCCUGGGUGGCUCAGUCGGUAAGUGUCCGACUUCGGCUCAGGUCACGAUCUCGCGGUUGACGACUUCAAGCCCCGUGUCAGGCUCUGUGCUGACAGCUCAGAGCCGGGAGCCUGCCUGGAAUUCUGUGUCUCCCUCUCUCUCCGCCCCUCCCCGCUCAUGCUCUGCCUCUGUCUCAAAAAUAAAUAAACAUUAAAAAAAAUUUUUUUAAAGAUGAGCUAAUGAAAGUAAAAAUUAAGUAUUUCUUCAGUCUAAAGGAUUGGAGUGGCAAGAACAAGCAUUUAUGUUAUCUAUAAUACAUCCAACAGUGUCCCUUUAAAGUCCCAUAUAACAGGUUUUUCAAACAAGAUGCUGUUUGAGUGCUAGCAGAGCACAUACUCAGUUUCCACAAUGCACAGUCAGGCUGCUCAGAUUUCAAUUAAAAUGUACACAAAAUAAUGAACGUAUACACUACUAAGGAUUUUUCCUCCUAAACAGGAACCAAGAGGGCAAAUUUAGAGCCUGAUACCAGGUGGUUUUUUUUUUUUUGGUUUUUUUUUUAUCCAAACUUUUAAAAAGGAUUUUCAUCCAGGAGAGAAUACAGUCCAAGUAGUCAUUUCAUACUUCAGUGUGUACACAAAUACAUCAAGAAAUGGUCUCAUUAGGGGCACCUGUGGGGGCUCAGUCAGUUAAGCAUCUGACUUCAGCUGAGGUCACAAUCUCACACACAGUUCAUGAGUUCAAGCUCCGCAUUGGGCUCUGUGUUGAGAGCUCGGAGCAUGAAGCCUGCUUCAGAUUCUGUGCCUCCCUCUCUCUCUGCCCCUCCCCAACUCCCACUCUGUCUCUCUCUCUCUCUCAACAAUAAAUAAACAUUAAGCAAAAAUAAAAUAAAUAAAAUAAAAUAAAAUAAAAUAAAAUAAAAUAAAAUAAAAUAGAGAUGGUCUAAUUACCUAAGACACCACUCUGAAUAAUUAUAAAUGCCUGUUCACUCUUUUCUUGCUGAGGCUGGAGCAUCUUUUUCUGCAAACAGGGAAAGAUAAGUGUCCUGAAGACAAGUCUAGAAGUGAGUAUUGUAAGCCAGGGCUCUCACAAAAGCAUGUGAACAAGAAAAUUAAUUUUCAACAGAGCACAGAAGAACAUCAGUGUAGCCCAGACUGGAAAACACUACAGGCCAAAUAACCCUGUUACUUCAACAACAACAUUGACAAUAAAAAUGCAAUGAAUGGAAUCUUU